UGAGUCACAGAAAGUUAAUACAAAAACUCUGAAGGUGCAUGUGGGUCCCAGGAGCUGCAAGUCGUUUCCACGGAGAACCUGGACAUCCCGUCUUCAUUCCCUGAUCUGGUCAGCGAAGAGGAGCCGGACGGGAAAACGCUGCAGAAAUGAUCUAACAGCUGCUGGAUGGACAAGGUGACCGCAGAGAAAGUGGUGAGCUCAGGUGGAGGAGCUGCAGCCAGCAGCAGCUCAGGUGUGGUCAAAAAAUCAGUGACAGCCUGUGGAGUUACAUCACAGAGUGAUUUUUCUUUCAGCUCCGGUGGCUCAGGUGGAAAAGCUGCAGCAGGAGGAUCGGAGGGUACGAGCAGCUCAGUUCUGAUCAAAUCUAGCAGUUCUGGAGCCGGAAACGUACGCGUCACCACCGUAGGAACUUCCUCUGCCCAGUCCUCAGGUCAGAGGUCAGGGACCUCAGGGACCUCAGGGGCCACUGUGGCCUCAGGGAGAGGAGAGCGGUCUAAAGAGGCCGGAGGAGCAGGAGGAGCAGGAGGAGCAGGAGGAGGGUCCUCUAGCAUGUCCUACAGUUUUGGAAGUGGAAGCAGAGAAACUAAAAAAGAAGGGGGUCUUGGUGCUGUGACCGUUUCCACGGUGACCAAAAGCAGCUACACAUCAGGAGGGUCCAGAGAAGGGAAGAAGGGCUCGUCAUCCUCUGGCAUUACGUACUCACUUCCUCCAAAGGAGAGGAAGAGUGUGACCACCAUGGCAGCUGCUCUGUCAGACGUCUUUGACGAAAGCUCCGAUUCUUCCCUGGAGUACAGCAGGAAGGAGUAUGGGAGUUCAACUGCAACUUCAACUUCAGCCACUAGGGGGAGAACUCAAAGCAGAGAGAGUGAGAUCAGAGCCAGGCUUCAAAGUGCUUCACCUCCAGCCAGAUGGACGGAGCUGGAUGAUGUGAAGCGCCUGCUGAGGGGAAACCGCUCCACCAGCACCAGCCCCACCCAGUCCCCCAACAACACACUGCCCAUCCCCAAGAAGGCCAGCAUGGAAGCCAAGGCCACAUCUGAGGGCUCCUCAGGUCCCAUCGAUCAGUACGGCAGCGUUUGGUCAGGAGACGUGAGCAGUGGAUAUUACAGCACCAACCCCAACAACUACACCGCUACCUCCCACCUUUACCCAUCAGGUGCCGGAGUCCAGAACAACCUGACUCUCGGCUCUCCCUCUGUGAACGCUGGACAAGCUGUCAGCGGCUCCGUGCCAGCAUACGGUGUGCAGAAUAACCUGACCAGUCCAACGGUCCUCUCACCCGCUGGUGCCGGCUCACAGAUAGUUUAUGGCGUCCAGAAAAAUGUGUCUGGACUAACUGCACCCACAGUGAGACCCAGCAGUCCCACCAGUUAUGAGGCCUCAGGGAAAGACUUCAACUUUGUGCUGAUAGAGAAGGAGAACGCUCCCAUCAAGAAGGAGACGGAGCGGCUGGUCAUGGCCAAAGACACCGGGAAGCAGUUUGUGUCCACUGCGCCUGCCACUUACUCAGGCACUUACUCUGAGGACUCGCUGAAGAGGGAGAAACAGAAACUUUUGUCCAGCGCAGUGGAUGAAGGAACUGAUGCCAAAUCUUCAACCUUGAAAUCUACCACAAAAGACAAAGCAACCUAUGCAGAGAUCCGUAAAGACGAGUUGGGUUUUGGGUUCUGCUCCUGCUGCAGCUGGUGGAAGUGGCUGCUGGCCCUCGUCUGCACCCUGCUGCUCCUCCUGGGGCUCCUCUUCGGACUCAUCACUUUGGGCGAGGAGGUGAGACGCCUGAAGAACCGUGUUGAUGCUCUGGAAGCCGCCCCUGGCAGUGCAUCAACCAGCCGCCUGUGGUCUUCCUCCGGCAUCAAUAUCAUCGACCCGCCUGACUCAGCAUACAUUGAAAGAACCUCUUCUGGUUCCACCCUCACCCGCUCCGAUAAUUCAAUCAACCUCGGGCCUGGAGGAGGCACAGGAACCGGACCAGGACAGGACAACACCGCCCUGCAGAGGACCGUUCAGCAGCUGCUCAGGACCGAACUACAAUCAAAUGCUAUGAGAGAAACUCUUGCUUAUUCUCUAAAAGGAGAGAAGGGAGAUCCAGGACCUAAAGGUGAUCCAGGGGCACUUGGACAAAAAGGUGAUAGUGGUUUUCCUGGACUGCCAGGUCCUCCUGGACAGAUUGGACACUCAGGACUGGAUGGACCAAGGGGACCAAAGGGAAAUCCAGGUGAACCAGGUCCAGAAGGACAACCAGGCCAGAGGGGACGGGAGGGACCAAUGGGCCCCCGGGGGGAGUCUGGACCGCCUGGUGUUGGAGAGAAAGGAGAUAAAGGUUCUCAGGGUGAACCAGGACAUCCUGGUCCUGCUGGAGGUCCUGGACCCAUGGGUCCAAAAGGUGCUGCUGGAGAGCAGGGUGUCUCUGGAGUCCCAGGUGUACCUGGUCCAAAGGGAUUCCAAGGCGAAGCUGGACCGUCUGGAGCCAAAGGUGACCGUGGAGCACCAGGUGUUCCGGGAAUUAAAGGGGACAAUGGAGAAAGAGGACCUCGUGGACCAGUGGGUGAACCAGGAACUCCUGGACCUCAAGGCCCAUCGGGACCAAAGGGAUCUAAAGGAAGUGGCGGUGAAUCGGGUUCAAUAGGACUUCCUGGUGCUAGAGGUUUACCGGGUCUCCCUGGUGACGUUGGUCCCCAAGGUCCUCCUGGAAUCCAAGGACCCCCAGGCGUUGCAGGAAUUCCAGGCCAGCCCGGUGGUAAAGGUGAACCAGGAUCUCCUGGUAAAGUCAUCAGCCCGGUAAACUCUGACACUGUGGCCAUUCCUGGACCUCCAGGACCAGCUGGACCUCCAGGUUCUGCUGGGUCCCCAGGUUUGUCUGGUCCCAUUGGUCCUGCUGGAGUCCCAGGCCAACCAGGUACAAAGGGAGAACGAGGGGAUAAGGGAGACAAGGGGGACCAAGGUCAACGUGGAGAGCCAGGCACCGGCCUUCCUGGACCCCCAGGGCUCCCAGGGUCCCGAGGUGAACCUGGACCUCAGGGGCCUCCUGGUGAGGGUAAGCAGGGGCCCCCAGGCCGCAGAGGCCCUCCUGGAGAUCCAGGUGUUGGAAAUCCUGGACCUCGGGGAGAGAAAGGAGAGCCUGGCAGCUUCUUGCCAACAUCUGAAACCUUCUUUGCGGGACCACCAGGACCUCCAGGUCCACCUGGUAAAGAAGGAGCACAAGGAUUCCAAGGUGAACCAGGUCAGCCGGGGCUUCCAGGGAGUCCAGGGGAGCCAGGGUUCCCAGGACCUCCAGGACCUCCAGGUGGCCCAGUAAGGGCAGGAGGGGAACCUGGAAGCUCAUUCAUUCCUGGACCACCUGGACCACCGGGACCACCAGGACCACCUGGGAGUGAAUCACCUGCUGUUGGCCAGUACAUUGCUGACUACCUCCAGAGUGACAGCAUCAGACAGUACUUGGCUGGACCUCCUGGACCUCCCGGACCUCCUGGAGAACCAGGUUCUCCUGGUGUUUCAGAAGACGCCCUGGUGGAUAACGUAGCCAGUCGAGUAAUCUCCUACAUCCAGAGUUCUGGCCCGGGGGCGCCUGGUCCUCCUGGCCCACCUGGAUCCGUCUCUGUCAAUGACAUCAUCAGUCUACUGCAGCGAGACGAAGUGAGGAUAUACCUUAUGGGUCCACCUGGCCCACCAGGACCUCCUGGAGGUCCAGGUAUCGGCGGCUUCUCGAUUAACCCCCAGGAGGUGGCUGAACGUGUCUACGGCCUCUUGAAUCAGAGAGGGGCGCUGGGUGCACCUGGAGCUCCAGGACCUCCUGGGCCUCCAGGGCCUCCUGGAAACCUGCUGGCAACUGGGUUUCAGUCUCUCAUCGGCCCUCCAGGACCCCCUGGUGCACAGGGUGUUCCUGGACCACAGGGUCCCCCUGGCCCCCCUGGACCACCAGGAUUUGGGAGCUACGUCAACUCGGACAUCCGUGACUACCUGCAGAGCGUUUCCCUCAGAGGCCCUCCAGGCCCUCCGGGGCCCCCUGGACCAGAGGGCCCUCCUGGUCCAAUCGGACGAAUGGUUUCCUUUACAGACCAUCACAACAGAGACAUGCUGAAGCCUGAAAGACAAGAUUAUGUCCGGCCUGAGUUUGAUGGUGGUGAUGGUUUGAGUCGACCCAUGUUUGGACCCCCUGGUCUACCGGGGCCCCCUGGACCUCCAGGACACAAGGGAGAGCCAGGUUUGGGCAGUAGCACCGAGUGGGGCCCAAACUCUAUUAACUUAUCCAUCAUGGCUGAAAGAUUGACUGAUUACAUCAAAGCUCAUGGCGUUCUGGACAGCAUCGUUGAGAACUACAACAGCAGGAUCUUCCAAGGUCCUCCAGGGCCACCGGGGCCUCCAGGCCCCGCCUGGUUUGGUUCCCAUGGAAACGCCACAAAUAUUAUGGAAAUUAUUGAAGCCGUUAGGCAGCAGAGCCACCAUGGACCUGCCGUCCACGGGCCCCGGGGUCCACCCGGCCCCCCAGGUCCACCAGGAGAGAGCCGACUGUUUGGUUCUCACACCAACGUUGUUGACAUAAUGGACUACAUCAAAGCACAUGGAAUGAUUGUGGGACCACAAGGGAGACCGGGACCGAAAGGGGACCAAGGACUUCCAGGACUAACGGGAGCAAAAGGUGAACGAGGUUAUCCUGGGCCUCAGGGAUACAAAGGACCAAAGGGUGACAGAGGAGAUUUAUUGCUGACAAGAAGAAGGAGAAGCUCUGGUGUUUGAUCGCUGAACUCGGAGCUCCAAGAGGGAUCAUGAAAGCUGUUAUCAGCGACUGAACUUUGUGUAAAGUAUUGAAUUUUAUGGUAUGACAUUUGUAUUCAUUAUGGGCAUUUUUAAAGGAUGUUUUUAAAAUGUUUUCUUUUAUUUUUGUAUGUAUGAGACCAAAGGAGAAGCUUUUGUUUAGAGGAAAUAUUUUAUUUACAGCAGAAUGAAAAUCAACAUUAUACAAGCAUUUCUAAAAACUAUACAUGUAUUUAAAAAAUGAAUUAAUGAGUCGAUAUGUUUUUGUUUUCAGUCUGAAUUUAGGAAGCUGAGCAGUUUUCGUAUAAAUAGUAAUUGAAAAUAUUUUUCUAAAAAAAGGUGCACAGCACUCCUUCAUUAUAUUUAUUUAACAACUCAGAACAGCCAAUCAAGAAAAACAAUAACGAGUUGAACCAAUCAGAGGUCAGAAAGGCCUAAACCAGUCAGGUCCAGUUUUUUUUAAAUUAAUAAAAGUAAAUGAAAAGAAAU